AUGGCCGGUGGUUCAUCGUCGGAUGCUUCUUCUAUUCACCCGAACGCGCCGUUAACGUCUUCCUAUCAGUGGAGCAUUGGAACAAUCUUGAGGAAAAUCUUAAAAACAGUCUGGGUGAUUCUCAAUCUUUUGAUUUUGAUUGCCAUCCCAGUCGUCGCGUACCAAAUGCACAAACACGAUUACGAACAGUUAUACAUAGCCUGGUUCAUCGCGGGCGUUUUUGCGAUGCUCUCCAUUCCGAUUACGUUUUACGAAGUUAUUUUACAUCUGGAAAACUAUCGAGCUCCGAAAUUGCAAAGGCACGUUAUUCGGAUAUUGGCGAUGGUACCGGUGUACGCGAUUGAUUGUUGGUUCGCGCUGAGAUAUAAGAAAGCGACUAUUUAUUUAGAUACAGUGAGAGAGUGUUACGAAGCGUACGUGGUUUGGAACUUUUACACGUAUUGCAUGGUGUAUUUGCAAGAGUUUUGCGUGCCCGGGUUAGAACACGCGUUGGCGAGGAAACCUAGGCAGCACCAUUUAUGGCCGAUAAGCGUUAUAUUAGGACCACCGAGGGUAGGAGAGCCGUUCGUGCGGUUUUGUAGACACGGGAUCAUACAGUUUGUGACGUUGAGACCGUUUUGUGCGUCGAUUGCGUUUUUAACCGAAGCGAAAGGGGUGUACGGCGACGGGCAGAUUAUGAAUCCGUACGUGUCGUACCCGUACUUGGCGUUUGUGAAUAAUUUGAGCGCAGCCUGGGCGAUGUAUUGCUUAGUUUUGUUGUACCGGGCGACGAGAGAAGAGUUAGCGCCGAUUAGUCCUUUCUAUAAGUUUGCGAGCGUUAAAGCGAUCAUUUUCUUUAGUUUCUGGCAAUCCGUGUUGAUUGCGUUUUUAGUCAAUCGAGGCAUCAUUAGGGUGAAUUGGAUCGAUCCGACGUGGUCGGAUUACGACAAGGCGGAUUGUGCGAAUGCAAUUCAAGAGUUUUUAAUUUGCGUGGAGAUGUUUUUCUUCGCCCUUUUGCAUUUAUACGCGUUCCCGGCGGAUGAAUAUAAAGCAGACGGGGGAAUAGGACCGGUGGGCGGCUAUAACAUCGGGUUGAACUCGACCAUGUCGAGAAGGAAAUUGACGGAUAAUUUGUUCGAUUUGUUCGACGUCAGAGACGUUUUGUACGACAUCAAAACGUUCGUAGAAAACAACACGGAGUGGAUACAGAGAAAGUUUAAUCGAUGCCUGGGACGUGGUGGACACGGGUCGGUACCGAAUUCACCCGUGGCAGGCGCCGGAGGAGGAGGAGGAGGAGGAAUAUUAGGUAAUUCUCCUCGGAGCGGGACGGAUUCAAAGAAGAAAGGGAAGAUGAAUUACGUCAAGUUCUCGAACGAUGACGACGACGACGACGACGACGACGACAAAAACGGCGGCAAUAACAAGAAUAGCGAUAGAAAUCCCUUAGUAGCAAACGGGUCCAGUCAUCAUCAAGUCAUCGUCGACCUGGAGAAAAAUGGUGACGAGUAUUCCCUCUCCGAAGAAGAACUCGCGCGAGGCGACAGCGUCCAACUGAUGGCCACAUCUCCCAGAGCUGGUGCGACCGCGAUGUCGCCCGGUCAGUCCUUCGAGUUAGUCAAGAGCAGGAACAACACGAAAGGAGGUUUAGACGAUCAGUUGUAG